CGUCACGUCCGUGUCUUGGAGUCGCGCGGGGAAGUGACGUCACGACCCCCCCCCGUCCCCGGCUGCCGAGCCUCUGUUGAUCUCGUUUCGAUGCCGUGAACUCGACUCCGGCAGCAGCUGAGCAGGAGGUGAGAUUCGAGUAACAGCGCUGGGGGAGCGGUGGCGCAGCGGUUAUGUUGGUGGGCACCGCCGAGGCAGACGACAUGAGCGAGCAAGGAGAAGCAGGAGGGACGAGGAUCUGCUGCCCGGUCUGCAACUGGGUGGUGGUCAGCUCACCCGCCCUCGACGACCACAUGAAGCGCCACAGGGGCCGCACGGCGCCCGUGCUGUACCGGUGCCCCCUGUGCCCGUACGAGACGGACAAGCCGGUCGCGCUGAUCGGCCACCAGAGGACGCACGUCGGGGAGAAACCGUUCGAGUGCCGGGCGUGCGGGGAGGCGUUCGCGAGGUCGGCGGAUCUGCGCGCCCACCAGGAGGCGGCGCACGGCGGCGGGGAGGCCCACAAGUGCGACGUGUGCGGCAAGGCGUUCGCCCGCCCGGAGGCUCUCCUCUCGCACCAGAGGGUCCACAUGGGCGAGAAGCCUUACCGGUGCAGCGUCUGCGGCAUGGACUUCACGCGGGCGGAGCACCUGCGCAGCCACCACAGGACCCACACGGGCGAGAAGCCCUUCCGCUGCGCCACCUGCGGCAAGGCCUUCGCCCACCCGGGCACCCUCUCGACGCACACGAGGAUCCACACGGGCGAGAAGCCGUACAGGUGCGACGUGUGCGGCAAGACGUUCACGCACCCGGGGGGCUUCCACAUUCACAAGCGGACGCACACGGGCGAGAGGCCGUACGCGUGCGCCGUCUGCAAGAAGGCGUUCGCUCAGUCGGGCUCCCUCCUCGUCCACGAGCGGACGCACACGGGCGAGAGGCCGUACGCGUGCACAACGUGCGGCAAGGCCUUCGCCGAGUCGGGCGCCCUGCGCAUACACGAGCGGACGCACACGGGCGAGAGGCCCUACAAGUGCACGGUGUGCGCCAGGGCGUUCGCGGACUCGGGGGCCCUGCGCACGCAUGCCCGGAUCCACGCGGGCGAGAGGCCCUACGGGUGCGACGUGUGCGGCAAGGCGUUCACGCAGUCGGGCUCCCUCCUCGUCCACCAGAGGAUCCACACGCGGGAGCGGCCGUACGAGUGCGGCGCGUGCGGGAAGGCGUUCGCGGAGUCGGGCGCCCUCCGCGUGCACAAGAGGGUGCACACGAGGGAGCGGCCAUACACGUGCGCCGUGUGCGGGAAGGCGUUCAAACAGUCGGGGGCCCUCCUCGUCCACCAGAGGGUCCACGCGAGGGAGAGGCGCGGCCGCCGCCGCCGCCGCGGCCAAGGUUGCGACGACGACUCUGGCGCCGCACCGCCGGCGUGCGAGCAGGGGACGACACCCGCCGGUUCGGCUGCUCCGAACCGGCGGGGCCGAGGGGUGAGUCGUGCCGGGGAGAUCGAGGUGAUGCUCGAAGACGAGAGCCCGGCGGCGACCCCUUCAGCACUCGAGGGGGAAGAAAAAGAGGAAGGAGAGGGACGUCGAGAAGACGCCAGCGUCGAGGCGCGCCCGGCGGUUAAAGUGGAAAGCGGAGCCGAAAACGCUUCCGUCUCCUCGGUGGUCGUCAAGCAGGAGUGGGAGGGGAGCUCUGGCUGCGGGCUGUGGCCGGGCGUGAAGGUGGAACCCUGCGGCGAGGAUCCUGGCCUCUCGUGGUCGCUCGUGAAGCAGGAAGCCGAGGAAGGCGCCGGCUGUGAGACGCUCGCGGGCGUGAAGCUGGAAAGCGGAGGUCAAGCUUUGUCCAUCUCGCCGUUGAGUGUGAAGCAGGAACCUGAAGAGGGCCCCGGUGGUGAGGCGCAGCUGGGGCGCACGUAGGCCGAAGGUUCUGCCCUGGGUGCAAGUGACGGCGGCAGAGUUUGUCGAGGAGCAUGAACCGUCAUCACGCAAACUCUCCGGUCGUCGUCCUCACACCAGCAGCAGCGGCGGCGGCUUCUGGCGAACCGUCGAACAAAGACGGUGGUCACCGCAUCAUCACCGCGAGCCGCUUGCAGAUCCUGCGUCUUCUGCGGCCAUCUGGAACUCUCUCUUCCUUCCGAUAUGAGGCCACUUGGAGCUACCGACUUUUAAAUCGUCAUCUAGAUUGACACUCGUUUCUUUAGAACUGCUGCCUGUUGUGUUUAGUUUGUUGUCCCACCCUCCCGAACGUCCGAUGAGUGCGGUUGGCUACGUACGGUGCUGCGAAAUAAGUUCGAUUUGGGAACGAGUGAAGGCACUCGAGAAUUGGCGAGGACGCUACCCUGUUUUUCACACGCAAGUUUGAAGUCUGGCCAGUGGCAUUUUGGACGACCUUGAGUUUUGCAUUGGUGGGCAGGGAUUUGGGGCUAUGCCAUAGAAGAGAGAAGGGGGAGUUGUGGUUCAUCGAUGCAGAGACGUUACAAAAGGAUAGAAGAGGAGCAAGAUACUCAAAGGAAGAUUUAGAGCCACCGGAAAGUCGACAGGUCGGGGGACGAGAAGAAUAAUUAUUACCAACGAGACGAACGAGCCAGACUUGUCGAGAACCCGAGUGUGGAGUUGUCGGUUACAUGGUAGAAAGUUUGUGGGGGACUCCUUAAGAAAGGAAGGUUGACACGACCCCAAAGUCUCGCGACGUACCCGACGUUUGAACUUCUUUGCGCGCCGUCCGUGGCCGCCAAACUGCGCUGUUGAUCGGAGGCGCGGUGCGGUGCUACGGGAGCAAGUAAAUGAAGAUGGACGGAAACGAUGACAUGGAGAGGGGGUUAUCUCCGGGCAGGAAUGCAAAGUCUUAAUUGGCUUAAUUGGAACGAACCAAAAAGAAAAAGGAGGGGGUAUAAACGACGCGGAUCGAAAAAAACUAAAAAGCUUAACACCAUUGUUGGACGAGAUUUCUUAUGCACCCCCCCCCCCCCGCCCGCAGUCUGGAAUACCCUCCUCCUCCCCCAAGCCCCUUGACUUCACGUCCGACAAAUCAACUCCAUGAUGAUACCACCAUCAUCACUAUUACGAUUGAAAUCUAAACUAAAGGCCCUUUUUUCAUCAUCCAGGCAUAUGCUGAAAAAUAGGUCAUCACUUUCGGUGUAAAUUAGUCGUAACUUUUUGGCCUAGUUUUCACACGUCAUAGCAAUACGGUAGAUACCCCUCCUGAACGAUAGUGAUUGGUGCCAUGAGACCGGUCGGUUAAGUGAUUUGGUCGUUAAGUGAGUAUAGGAAAUGCACGUUAGAGGCUCAAUUUGUUCCGCCAGCAUCGAAAGUUACCCCUAUUUAAGCCAGUACUUUAUAAUGUUUAUGUUUAAACAAUGGAUAUUAAUACGUAAAGAUACUAACAUUAUAAACGCAUAUUAAAAGGAACGCGAUUAAUCGAUGCAUUAAUUAAUAUUUACUGUACCUACAACAGCUCGUCGUUAACAAGGGAAUGAUCUGUAAGCGAACACAUUGGGCUCUCUGGAGGCACUACACUAUACACUACUAUACACUACACUAUACACUCCUAUACACUACACUAUACACUACACUACUAUACACUACACUAUACACUACUAUUCACUA